UCUUUAAGGCCACAGGGGGGAGUGCGCGCCCGGGUGGAAGGGAACCUGAGACUCCGGGUCUCUUUCUCCUGAAAGUUCCUUUCUCCGCAGCAGUCGGCGAGAGAGGCCAGGGAGAGGGUCUGCGCGGCGGCCGGGAGGAGUCCCUAGCGGCCGCGCAGCCCCAGGCCCCGGAGCCCGAGCGGGGUGCCGAGCCCGGGUUCCAGCCGCUCCCGCGUGCCCGGAGGAGCCGGGCACGUUCCCGGCGCGGUGGGGCUGCUUCCGGCGGCCGGAUCCCCUGCGAGCCCGCAGACCUGGGGAAGCGCCGCCGGGUGGUGUCUGCGCCGGAUCUUCGGCGGACCUGCUGCUCCCAGGGCGGCACCGCGGAGCCGGAAGUGGGACAACAUGGAUGCUAUCAGCCAAUCCCCUGCAGAAGCUGUGCUUCCCAAGCACAUCUUGGAUAUCUGGGUCAUUGUCCUCAUCAUCCUGGCCACCAUUGUCAUCAUGACGUCCUUGUUGCUAUGCCCAGCCACUGCAGUCAUCAUCUAUCGCAUACGGACUCAUCCGGUCCUGAGUGGUGCUGUCUGAGAACCAUCCAAGAGGGUCAGGUUGGGGAUGAGGGUAUGGGUCCCUUCUCCCAGCCUGUUCUCAGAAAAAGUGGGAUGGAGCUUCAAGUUAGACCUGUGUUCUGAUUUUGAUUCUGCAGCUGGCUAACUGUGUGAAUUUGGUCAAGUGACCUAACUCUGAGUUCUAGGUUCCUUGUCUUUCAACUAGGGAUCAUGAUCCUCACCCUUCCUACCUCAUAGGCCUGUGUGAACCAAAUGACUCAGUGAAGGUGAAAGUUGUUUGUGAGCCACAAGGCCACCACAGGCCUUGUGUUAACACUGUGUUAACACUGUAUGCUGAGAAGCUUUGAAGAACCAAAGAACCUAAAAGCUGGUGAUGGCCUUAAAGUGGUGAGGGGGAUGCUAGGAACAGAGCAGCUUUGCCAGUGCUCCUCAAAGGAAAACAAGUAAAGCCACUCUGUCCUCAUUCCAAGGGACCGGCAGCGCACUGGCUCAGUUAUUUUCUUUGGAUUGCUACUCCCUCAAGUUUUGUCAGUUGGGAGAGAGAGGGCUGAGUUUGACAGAGGAAAUGAGGUGGAUAGAACUUUUCAGAACCUUCUCUGUGCCAGAGUUUCCACCCUGAUGUAAUCCAGAGGAGGAUCCCACCAUUAUCUGGCAAUGAUAUGGAAAUUGGGGUGAUGGGCUUCUUUCUGCAUUGGAGUCUCAGGUCUCUGUUAACACUGACACUCAAGCAAUGUUGGAAAAUGCAGGGUGGCCAAGUAUUGUGCCCAGCUUUCUGGACCUGCAGGGCCCAUCCCUUAUAUGUGUCACACUAGAGAUGCUGUAUCACUGUUUCCCAGCUCCUGAUAUAUUUGCUUCAAAUGUACUGCCCUCCUUCUCCCCCACUGGCACUGAAGCCAAUCCAAGGUACUUAUAUUUCAGGAGAUAUUCCCAAGGCAUUUGGGACCAAUUUAAAGUAAUGAUGGUUAUUUUAGAUGCUAUGGUUUAUGUUUAUAUAGAGAUAUUUCCAAGCCACUCAAGUUCUUUGUACCCAAAUCAGAGGCAUCCUAAAAUUUAUUAAAUUAUGUUAGAGGAUAGCACAGAUAGUAGAGUAUUACUGCAUAAAAAUGAUGCUUUUCCUUGACUUUAUUUCAUUGACGUACACAACCAAUUUCCAAUAAAAUGUUAGAAUGAGCAUAUCUGAGGUCUUUCUUUGAAGAACACAUACUACACUAGGAACAGAGAUAAAAAUAUUUCACUGAAUAUAUGGGUCUUAGGAUACUGAGUGUAGGGACAGAAAAAGAAAAAUUCCACUGACUUUUAGGGUUCUAGCUCUAUCAAGUGGGUAAACUGUACAGUAUAUACAAGCACAGUGCAUCCUGGGACUGAACAAAUUAAGCUUGAGGAGCUUGUGAUAUGCAGGUGGACGUUUUUAGGAUGUAGUAAGAAUCUGGUUCUAUUCCUUGGGAAGAUUUUAUGGUUGAAGUUAUGGUUUGGUGGGUAAGCUACAUGAGUGAAGGGCAGAUCAUACAGGCUGAGAGAAGUGAGGUGCUAAAGUCAGAAUGCAGAAAAUACUAUGUGGGAACAGAAGAGGAAUAGAAGAAAAAAAUCAAAGCAAGGAGAUUGAAAAGGAUAAAUCAUAUCUUGUGAGUUAAGGAAUGAGAGGGGAGUUAGGACCCAGAAAGAAAGAACAUAAAUCACUCUUCUCAAGAACAGCACUACAGUAAAGAGGUAAGUUAAAAGAAGGUAUAUAUAGGUGAAAGUGGCGGAAUUUCUAUCUUAUUCCAUUUGGACUGCUGUAAUAAAAUACAAUAGGCUGAAUAAUUUAUAAACAAUAGAUACUUAUUGUUCACAGUUCUUCAGGCUAGGAAGUCCAAGAUAAAGAUACUAGCAAAAUGGUUAUCUUCUAAGGAACCUUUCCUCAUGGAUGAUGUCUUUUAUGUGUUUUCAUAUGGUGGUAGGGGCAUACAAGCUCUUUCAAGCAUGUUUUACAAGGACGUUAUGCCUGGUGCAUGCCUGUAGUGCCUGCUAUCUGGGAAGCUGAGGCAGGAGAAUUGUAAGUUUGAGGCCAGUUGGGGAAACUUAGUGAGACCCUGACUAAAAAUGAAAAAUAAAAAAGGGCUGGAGGUAUAUAGUUCAAUGUGCAAAAAACAAGACAGGAAGAGACAACAAAAAACCUAAAAAAACCCAAGGGCACUAUUCCCAUUCAUAAGAGCAGAGUUCAUAACUUUAUCACCUCUUAAUACACUGUGGAGGUUAAUUUUCACACAUGAAUUUUUGGGGGACUCAGGCUUUUAUACAUGCUAAAAUUCUGACUGGUCAGAAACCAGCCUUUUCUGGUGUGCCUUCCUUGAUGUCAGAGGCUGAAAAGUGAAAAAGCAUAAUGAAAAAUGAAAGCCUGUUUUUUGCUUAAAAUACUGUUGCUAGAGAUUCUGACCUGUGUUAGGUUUGCCAUUCAGAUGCGUAUGUGUCAGGUUUCAGUUUGGGACCUAGCAGAGUUGGGAGAGAUAUGACCAGAUAUGAGGCAUUUAUGGUGCUGGUGUUAAUCCAGCUGUGUCAGCAUAACUUUGGGCCCAAGCAGCUUUUUGACACCUGGAUUGCAGUUGAAGUUGGAUAGUCCUGCAGCCUACAGCGAAGAGUGUGACUUUCUUAUUCCCUAGGUUCCCAAUUAUCACAGCAGAGCAAGUCCCUAAGAUGACCAGUUUUGUAGCAUUGAUCUGGGAGGAAUUCUGGUAAUUCCUGCCUUCUAUUGUUCUCCAAUCCUUUUAAUGAUAUUAAGUAUAUAUUGCUCUAUAGUGAAGCCUUUUUUUUUUGCUUAAGUUUGCUGAGAGGGCACUUGGAUCUAGAUGGAAUAACAAUAUUGCUAUCUGUUAUUGACAUAGCAGUGCCACUUCUGAGUCUACAUGUGAUCUGGCAACAGGAAGGAAAGAGCUUUUUUAGUGAGAGGCAGACGGCUGUGGAGAAAUAGAGAUGCCGAGGAGCUGCUGGUCUUGAGAGAUCCAUUGGUGGUUAUGAAAUUAGAACUUGCUGGAUAGUUUCUGAACAAUACCUUUAAGAGUAGUGAGAUAGUUACGUGAGGAUAAUCCAAGGGUGUGAGACAAUAUAUAGUGGCUUUUGAAAAGAAUCAAAGUACAAAUUCCAAAUCCAUAUUUAUUGACCACUUUAAAAAAUAAAAGGUCUGGUAAUAAGUAACAAUUCAAAAUUGUAUCUAUUUAAAUUAGUGUUUACAUUAUGUUAUUUAGUUGUAUACAAUGAUUUAGCUUAACAAAAGUAAAAAUAAUACAGUACAUGUAUGAUUAUAAGUGAGAAUAAUAUAUAAUCAUAUUUUUCAUAUACUCCCAGUACAUGUCAAUCCAUGUUUCCACACUUAACACUGAGGUUAGCAGAAAUAACAUUAUUGGAGAGAAGGAUGUUUGGUAAAUCAGAUAGAACACUGUUUCUUGUUAUAACUAAAGAGCUGUAAUAAUCUUUUUUCUGUCUCGCCACCCUCAAACUCAACUCCAGAUACAACCAAAUAAAUUGAGAAUUACUAGAAGAAAAAAACUAAACAAUUGAAAUAUUUACACAGUCAGAGAGGAAUGGUCUGUAAAUAUGAUAUAAACAAUAGAAUAAAACAUGGUUACUGAACAUUAUCUUUGAGAAUGGUAAACAACAAAAAACUAGCUUUUCAAUGACACCCUCAGAAUUUUUAUAUAAUGGGCUAUGGGAUGAUGAUCUGGUUGGAGAAAACAAUAUGAACCACCAAAGUUUUUCAUAGCCCUUUAUAUUAGCCUAGAAAAAGGUCAACAGUUCUUACAAAAAAACCUGGGGGAGCUGCAAAUAGAGAUAAUAUUUAGGUACAUAUGCUAUACAUGCAAGCAAGGACAGGAAGAGCAUAGGGGAGAUUUUAUUGUGGGAAAUGCGAUUAUGGUGACCAUUUCUUUUUGGUUGAUUCUUCAUUGGUUGUAAUUGUUUAUAAUAAAAUCAUGAGUGCAUGUAUUGUCAAUUUGUCACAAGUAAACUUAUUUCUGUUCCAUUUCUUGUUAUAGGGGUAAUUUUUGCUAUUGUACUUCAAAUAUAACUGGGUUCAUCAGAUUUCUUUCUUCAA